UUUUCAGUGGUUCGGUUCAUGUUUACAAAUUUCACUGAGAUAUUUUCUACAAUAACUUGUACAUCAAAAACAAAAGAAAUUAAUGCAGUGUCUGCAUAUUGAUAGAAUGAAUUUAUUGAAGCGUGUUCGGUUACAGCAGAUAACCUCAAAUCGUGAAAUUUUCAGAGGCUUUUAUCGUGUGCAUCCAAUACAUUUCCGUAAUAUACACAAUGGAAUUAUUUCCACCAAUUUUGCGAAAAAGACAAAUCCUCAAUCGAUCGCUGUACGUCCAAAUUAUUUUAUUGAAAAGACAAUAAAUCGGAAAUUUUCCAUAAAAUCAUGGAUCAAGCAACGUUUGUUAAAGUCAUCAUCCGUUAUAUCGGGCAAAUCAAUGUUGGUAUAUGCCAAAACAAUGGAUACUGUGAAACAUGUUGAUUUUCUAACAAAAUUCAAUAUGCCGAACUCAUUUAAUUCGUGGUUUUUAAUUACCGAAAUCCAUGUAUGGAUCCUGAUGGUACGUGCGAUGGCUGAAAAUGAGAAUGGCAAGGCAAUUCGUGAUUCUAUUGUGGAAGCAAUGUGGACAGAUUCCAUGCAACGGGCAACAAGCAUGGCACCUGGAAGUGCUAGCCUGAUUAAAAAACAAUUGUUGAUUCUAUCCGAUCAGUUUCAGUAUGCAAUUGUUGCGUAUGAUGAAGGUCUUGCAACAGAUGACCAACAAUUGGCAAGCGCAAUUUGGGUGCGAUUUUUCGAAUCAAAUUGUGAUAAUUACGAGCACAUCGAAUUGCUCAUCAAAUAUAUUCGAUAUAAUGUCGCACAGUUUGACAAAUUAGAUACGAAAGAUUUUCUGUAUAAACAAAAUUUCGAAUGGCCAUCGCUUAAAGACGUUGAAAAUUUUAACUAGUAAAUUAUAAAGUAGACAAAAGUGUA